UCUUUCUUAAUCCCCAACAUCUCAUAUAGUGGUUGAAUGGUUGCAAUAAUGGAGAAGGGGAAGCAAACUCGGAGACCCCAUGUCCUUGUUUUCCCUUACCCAACCCAGGGUCACAUUAACCCCAUGCUACAAUUCGCUAAGUGUCUCACCCGCGAGCUCCUCUCUGUAACAUUUGUCACCAGCACCUUUGUCACCCAGUCCCUACGUAAUACUUCUAGUGCGAAGCCACUUUUAUUGCAGUCGAUUCGAUUUGAAACAAUCUCAGAUGGCUUCGACAAUGGUCGUUCUAGGAAGGACAGCAUCGCUUUCUACUUGGAAAAGUUCAAGAUAACAGGGCAGGUGGCUCUCACAGAGCUAAUAGCCAGGCUAGUUGCAGAGGGCUACCCUGUCAAUUGCAUUGUCUAUGACCCUUUGCUCCCUUGGAUAGCCGAUGUUUCGGAGAACCUAGAAAUCCCCUCUGCUGCGUUUUUCACCCAGUCCUGUGCAGUGUUUGCCCUCUAUUUUCGAUAUCAUGAAGGCUCGCUAAGCAUAUGCGAUGAGAAAGCGGAGACUAUGGAGGUGCCAGGGUUGCCUAUGCUAGGAUUGCAAGAUAUACCAUCAUUCCUAGCCCCAAGCAACCCAUACCCUGCUCACUUAGAUCUCCUACUUAGCCAAUUCUCUAACUUAGACAAGGCACAGUAUCUAUUUGUGAACUCAUUUUAUGAACUUGAAGAGGAAGCGAUUGUCUCCUUGAUGGGAAGAUGGCCUAUCAAGACCAUAGGCCCCAUGGUGCCAUCAGCCUUCACAGAUACCAUGGAUCCAAGUGAUAGAAGCUUUGGCCUGAGUCUAUGGGAGGAAGAGGAAUGCCUAGUAUGGCUAGACACCAAACCAAUCGGCUCUGUCGUGUAUGUCUCAUUUGGAAGCCUAGUUGGUUUAGAUGAGACGACGAUGAGUGAAAUUGCAUGGGGGUUGUUGCAAAACCAAAAACCAUUUCUAUGGGUGGUGAGGCCACCAGGGGUUCCACAAGGUUAUAUGGGCAAUGAAUUGCCCGUAGGGUUUGUUGAUGAGGUCAAGGGGAGAGGGCUGGUGGUGGAGUGGUGUCCCCAAUUAGAGGUGCUCUCACAUCAAUCUGUAGGGUGCUUUGUGACUCACUGUGGGUGGAACUCAACUCUUGAGGGGUUAAGCCUAGGUGUCCCUUUGGUGGCUAUACCACAAUGGACUGAUCAAUUGACAAAUGCUAAAUAUGUGGAAGAUGUGUGGAGGGUAGGCUUGAGGGCUAGGGUAAAUGACAUGGGAUUUGUAAGUAGAGGGGAGUUGGAAAGGUGCAUAAGGGAGAUUAUGGAUGGGGACAGAGGAGUUGAGAUCAAGAAGAAUGCGGCAAAAUGGAAAAUUUUGGCAAUGAUGGCUAGAGAGAUUAGUGGAACUUCACAUAGAAAUAUUGAGGACUUUCAAAAGCCCUUUAAACCAAGUGAAAUGGUGGAAGAAACACUGAAAAUGGAGGAAGAUAAGUCCAAGAGUGCUCAUGUCCUACUGCUUCCCUAUCCAAUCCAAGGCCACAUAAACCCGUUGCUCCAGUUUGCCGAUCGCCUCGUCGGCAAGGGCCUCAAGGCCACUCUCGUGGCCCCUGUUCGAAGCCGCGACGACAUUCGCAGGGCCGACCGAUCGGCCCUCACCUCCACCAACACUGAGUACAUCUCUGAUGGCCACGAUGAUGGCUUACCAUCAGACUACAGUUCUGAGGCUUAUUGGGCCACUCUCCGUCGUGUCGGUUCUCAGACGCUCGGGGACCUCAUAGCUCGGCUCAAUGAAGAGGGUCCUCGGCCUGUCUGCCUCAUUUAUGACUCAUUCCUUACAUGGGCCUUAGAUGUUGCCCACGCCUAUGGCAUCCUCGGGGUCACCUUCCUCACUCAGUCUUAUGCAGUGUCCUCAAUAUACUCCCUCUGCCAUAGGAGCAUCCUUGUAGUGCAGAGAGAGCCUGGUGCGCGUUAUUCUCUUCCGGGAUUGCCACUGUUAAGCUUACAAGAUCUACCCUCAUUCAUCGUCCAGUCCGAGGGCAAUGGUUUCUUCCUCGAUUUAUUGUUGGGCCAGUUCAAGAACAUAGAGAAGGCAGAUUAUGUGCUCAUGAACUCGUUCGAUAGCUUAGAAUCAAAAGUGAGUGAGGAGACGGCAGAGCCAUGGUCACCAAAGAUGAUCGGCCCGGCACUCCCUUUGGCCUAUUUGGUCGGUCGAAAUGCAAGAUCCACGAGUACAGGAGAUGACCAAGGGAGGCUUGUGAAUUGCCUCAGCUGGCUAGAUGAGAGACCGGUCGGGUCAGUGGUAUAUGUCUCCUUUGGGAGCAUCGCGGCUCUGUCAGUUGAGCAAAUGGAGGAGAUUGCUAGUGCCUUGCGCUCGAGCAAAUGGCCAUUCCUCUGGGUCGUGAGGAUCCCAUUUGCGCACCAACAGGGCGGAAACCAACUACCUGAGGGCUUCCUAGAGGCUACAUUUCAGCAAGGGCUUGUGGUGCCAUGGUGCCCUCAGCUCGACGUCCUGGCACAUAGAGCUGUUGGCUGUUUCGUGACUCACUGCGGAUGGAACUCAACACUGGAGGGACUGAGCCAAGGGGUGCCUAUGGUUGCAGCUCCACUUCGGAGCGACCAACCGACCAACUCUAAGUUCAUUUUCGAUGUCUGGAAGGUCGGCGUCUGUGCCGAGGUCGACGGAAACGAAGUCAUUCGCAAAGGAGAAUUGGAAAGGUGCAUAAGGGAGGUCAUGGAAGGUGAGAGGGGGGCGGAGCUGAGGAGGAAUGCACACAGGUGGAGGGGUUUGACUACCGAGGCAGUGGCCGAGGGGGGCACUUCUGAUAAUAACAUCAAGGAAUUGGUGGCUACACUUUCUAAUUUUCACCUCAACAACUACCAUAAAUGAACUUUGUGUCUUCCAUUUUC